AUGGCGGUUCUCAAGCGGAUCGGAACGAGUGAGGAUGGCGGCGUUGCGCAGUUUGCUUGGGAGUACGGCAGUGAAGCUGUGGAGCCUUUUUUGGUUUUGCGACAUCGUCUGUUUUGUGCACAGGCAGCGGGGUGCCUGGAAGUGUUUGCGCUCGGUGUGGAUGCAAUCCAGAUGUCUGUGAUCGACAAUCGUUUGAGCUUGGCAGGCGACUGCACAGCCAUAACGGCACGUCAAUUUCCUCUGCAGGCUGCUGCAGAUGCAGGCGGCUUCACCGUUUUGAAGUUGACACUAAGGUUGCGUUUCGGUGGGUCGCCUUGGGUGAAGGCAGAUCGGUUGGUUGGUAGGCGCAUACAGGCAGGACAUGGCGGUUCUCAAGCGGAUCGGAACGAGCAGUAUGCAUUGGGAGCAAACCCGUUGGGUGGGGUGGGUGCGCGCAUAGCUCCGUUUACGUUUGAAGGUUUCCGAUGGAAGUCAAGGGCACAGCGUGUGCAGCGCACUACGUGGUUGGAAGCAGCAGCGACAACUUGGUGUCAAGUAGUCAGUAGUAUCGACGGCAGGCUGGUGGCUAUGUAUGAGGGGCGUUGCUCUGCGACGAAGCAGAGUCGUCAGCGUCCGACAGAGGUCGACUGUGCACCAAGCCCACAAACGUCGUUGGACGCCUAUGCGGCCUGGACAAAACAGGCGCGACGGUGCACCAAGCCCACAAACGAUGUUGAACGCUGA